AAUUAUUAAAGAGAUGCAUAUUGAUAAGAUUUUGAUUCUGAUUAGAUUAUGAAUGCCAUGUGAUGUAGUUCAUUGAUAGUUAAUUAAUGAACAAUAGUGUAAUUAUUGUUCGCUGAUUUAUUUAUUUAAGUAACAUGUAUGAAAAUAUUCUAAAAGUACCUGCAACCAGUAAAAAUGGGGUAAAUGACUGAUGAACAAGUAGGAAAACUAUUUGGCACAGUUUAUAAGCUGGGUGUGGUCUACCACGAAAUACAAAGUUAUGCUUCAUAUCAUGCUGUGGUACUGUGCAUCUUACUCUUAUUCGAGGAUAUUUAGUAUUUUAAAGAAACAAAAUAUGAAGGACAUAACAAAGCGAUCUGUAGUAAACUAAAUCAGGCUUUCCUGUCACCAAGUUUUCAGCAAGAAAUGCAUAAGAAAGAAUAACAUGAAUAAUUCUAAUCCAAAUGACUUGGAAAUUCUAAUCAUGCUGUAGUGUUGCUUUAAGUUUGUGUGGUUUAAAACAAUGUAGUUUUGACCAUUUGUGUCUGUUUUGGUUCAAUGAGCUCCACAAAUUCAUUCACUGUCCUUUACUCAGUUCAGAAGUCCAAGUCCAAAAUGAACCCCAGACUAACACAAAGCCAGCAGAGAACAAUCUGCGCUCAGCUGGGGAGAGUCAAACUACAGCUGCUGUACAAGGCCAGCAUCCACGGCUUCACCAGUGCAGCAUUUCACCAAAGAUGUAACAACCGCUCUCCCACUGUGUCUGUGGGCUACAACAACUCUGGUUUUGUGUUUGGAGGCUACACCAAACAACCUUUUAGUCAGUCUGGACAGUACGUGAAUGAUGAUCAGGCUUUUCUUUUCACAUUUAAUGCUAAAAAGCUCAUCAAAUAUCCAGUUAAUAAUUUUGCAUGUGCAGUGAGAAUGAUAGCUAACUCUGGGCCUUAUUUUGGAGAAGAUUUGGUUCUUGUCAAUGCAAGCCAAGCAGUAACGCACAGCAAUCCAGGAAAUUAUUACAACUUCCCCGCUGCACAAAUGCAUGGCAAUGAUCUCAACCUGACUGAGUGUGAAGUCUACCAAGUGGAGGGAACAACUGAACGUGAGAGACCAUGGAGGACUGUAAUGUGGGAAUCUGGGAAGAGGACGGAGCUGAUUGAGUACAUUAAAAGCUACAAACCCACAGUCAGCUCUGUGACCCAGCCUCGGGUUUUGCUCAUUGGACCAGUCGGAGCUGGAAAGUCCAGCUUCUUUAACUCUGUCAACUCUGUAUUCAGAGGCCACGUCACCAGCCAGGCCAUCUCUGGCUCCUCCUCCACCAGCCUCACCACACAGUUUCGCUCCUACUCUGUGAAAGCUGGACGUGAAGGGAAACCUCUGCCAAUAAUCUUGUGUGAUACCAUGGGACUGGAGGAGACCAAAGGGGCGGGGCUUGACAUUGACGAUCUGAGCAGCAUCCUCAAAGGUCACCUGCCAGACCGUUAUCAGUUCAACCCUUCAGCUCCUCUGCAUCCUGAGGCCCACGGCUAUCGCACAUCUCCUGGACUCAAGGACAAGAUCCACUGUGUGGCCUAUGUUAUUGAUGCUUCCAAGGUCUCCAUCAUGCCCACAGGGUUGGAGGAGAAGCUGGAUGCUAUCCGCAGAAAGGUCAACUUAAUCGGUAUUCCUCAGCUGGUCCUUCUCACUAAAGUAGAUGAAGCCUGUCCACAGGUGAAAGAGGAUGUGAGAAAUGUAUAUAGGAGUGGCUACAUCAAGGAUGUGAUGCAGGAGAUCGGCUCUCGGCUCGGGGUGCCGUUGUCCUGUAUCAUUCCAGUGAAGAACUACAGCGAGGAGCUGGAGUUGGACAUGAAUUGUGACAUCUUGUUGCUCAGCGCCGUCAUCCAGAUGUUUCGCUUUGUUGAUAAUUACUUUGAUGAGCUCAGUGACCGAAUGAGUAACAUACAAACCAAAGACUAGGAAAAGACUGAGGAGCCGGCAUAAGCAAGUGAUGAAAUAUCCCUGAAAAUACUUCAUUUACCUGCAGGUGACCCUGCAGAGUGAUGGUUACCAGUGUUGACAGAGGUUUGAUAUUGUGAAUAUUGUGAGAUACCUUGGCGGGGAUAUCCAGAGUCUUACUUCAGAAAUUUAGUGCACUGAUUAUUAAGUUUAAUUUUAUCUAGCAGUA